GACGCAACCAACCCGGAAGUGGUCCCUCUCCGGGCAAGGGACGGCCGGUCUGCCCCACAGCGGCUCUCCGCAGGGACGGAAGCCCUCAGGGUAUUAUUCCCAUGGGGAAGCAUUGAAAAAAAGUGGCAUCUGCAUCCAAGAGAGGGAUCUGAGGGCUCUGUUUCCUGACCCUGGAGCAGCCUGGUUUGGAGGCAACAUGGCAGCCGAGGUGAAGGUGGCAGGGCAGAACCAGGAACAGCUCCUGCUGCUGGCCAAAUCUGCCCAUGGAGCAGCUCUAGCCAACCUCAUCCACCAAGUGCUGGAAGCCCCUGGCAUCUAUGUCUUUGGGGAGCUCCUGGAUAUGCCCAAUGUUCGAGAGCUAGCUGACAGCGAUUUCUCUCCCGUCUUCCGCCUGCUCACUAUCUUUGCAUAUGGGACAUAUUCAGAUUAUCUGGUUGAGAGCGGGAAUCUGCCUGCAUUAACCGAGGCUCAGAAGAACAAACUCCGCCAUCUCUCAGUGGUGACACUGGCUUCCAAGCUCAAGUGCAUCCCUUAUUCAGUCCUGCUGGACCAGCUACAGCUGAAGAACGUGCGGCAGCUGGAAGACCUAGUGAUCGAGGCAGUGUACGCUGACGUGCUACGGGGGAGCCUGGACCAGCGGAACCAGCGGCUGGAAGUGGAUUACAGCAUUGGGCGGGACAUCCGCAGGGAGGAGCUCAGCGCCAUCACCCGUACCCUUCAGGAAUGGUGCCAGGGCUGUGAGGUUGUCCUCUCUAGCAUCGAGGAGCAAGUCAGCCGAGCGAAUCAGCACAAGGAGCAGCAGCUGGGCCUGAAGCAGCAGAUUGAGAGUGAGCAGGUUGCAAACCUGAAGAAGACCAUUAAGGUAACAACGGCCGCCGCCGCAGCUGCUACCUCCCAGGACCCCGAGCAGCACCUAUCCGAGCUGCGAGAGCCCGCUCCGGGUACCAACCAGCGGCAGGCCAGCAAAAAGACCUCCAAGGGCAAAGGGUGAGGUGGAAUCCCAGCUGACUCCUUGGAGUUACCUCAGGGCGGCUCCGAGGCAGCGCGAAAAUCUGGUCGAAAUCCAACUAGCAGGACACCUGUGUGGCUGGGCAGGAGCAGCAGGCGGCUUCCCACGUGUGGGGCUUUCUUCUCCAACCACCAUGUUUUUGUUUGUGUGCCCCUCUCCUCCCCUUUCAGUUUCUAUCCUUUCCAGCCAUGUUCUCUCCCUCCAUUGCUCUUGCAAUCCUUUUCAGCCCCCUUCUGUUUCCAACAGCACUGUUCCCUCCUCCUUUCCUUAUCUUUCUUUCUCUGCCCCUCCACCCUCCCUGAACUUCGUUCUUUUAUGGGGUCAAGAGCCAUAAAAUGACCUCAGAUCUUUCAAUUACCUUUGCACCCAUGUAUUGUUGGGGCGGCCCUGGAGUGGGAAUGAGAACCAGGCUCCAAGGAGCCACUUCGGUUCUGCGGGAGAGUGGACCCCAGGACAUCUUGGCUCUGGGGGACAGGGAUGGCACACCAGAACAUCUCUAUAAUUUGUUUCCUGCUUUGUUCUGAUCAGUGCAGGGGAGCGGGUGCAGGGGGGGGGGGGGGCGGAGACGCGUGUGCGUGCGUUGAGUGGAUUGUUUUUAAAUAGUAUAAAUAUAUAAAGCAAUUUAAAAAAAGAAAUAAAUCUAUGGACAUAUCUAUGGA